AUGUCAGCUUCAGAUACUGGGGCCGACAUGCUUACCGCGCACGGCGGCACGAUUGCAGCCAACAUGGUUGCGGCGAAGUGCGCUUCCAGCGAGAAAGACAGAACGGACAGUACCAGAGGGCUGACAGCCACAUUUGGGACCUUAGAGGGCGGAAGCUCGAACCAGGCAGUUGUGUCGGGCGCUUGGACAAGCGGGUCGACGAGUGUCAAGAUGGAGCGGCGUGAGCUCCUAGAAGAAGUCCUCGACUGCCUGGCAGACGCUACGCACCGUGGCGAACUGCGAGAGGAUGGGGGUGUUCCAGGUGCUCGCCCCGUCCAGCCCCGGCUCCAGGAGUUCCAGGAGGCAGCAGCCGGCUCAUCCAAGCUCUCCAAGUUUCUCCUCUCUGAGGACUUGGGGAGUGAAGCGCUUGCAAGAUUGUCGUUCGCCCCUCCUGGCUGGCGCAUGACGAAUUGGAAUGCCUGCUUCUGCGGGCACAUCUUGACAAUUGGCAUGGGAGCUGGUGCCACUAUCUAUGGAGAGGGGAGCCACGCGUUGCAGAACUUGCACCGAGAUUGGCUGGAUACUCGUCUUGUGGACACCUGCAUUGCGGGCUGCGUUGGCCGAAAACGAAUCAUUCUGCUCGCGCCAGACGAGGUGAAACCACGUCCAGGGGACAGCUCGCGGCCAGCGCUAGACGUGGGAUGGCUCCGGCCGCUAAGGGAGAUGCCAAGCGAAGAAGCAUGGCAGGCAAUGGAGGAUCACGCCCAGAGAUCAGAUGUUUCCGGCGGGGCCAUGGACAUCACCCCUGGCAUGUUCAUCUUCAUUCCGCACGGGUGGUGGCACGCCUUGCGGCCGCUGGAUGAUGUGACGGUGAUCUCGGGUCCCUCGAAGCUGUCGCACCACUACCACACCGAGGAGGUCGGGUUUGACCGGGCAGAUACGGAGGAGCUGCGCAAGCUUGCCUGUAGCUUGCCAGCCGAGCAGCUCGCGCUUCUGCAGGACGAGUUAGGUGAUGAAUACAUUGCCUUCCUGCGAUGUGGCACAGCUGAUCUGCUGCAGUCGCUGCCCAUUCCGGAGCAGCAUUUCCUGCUGGACGCUCUGCAGAAGGUGCUAUGA